GCUCUGCUUCCUCCCGCCGAGCGAGGCGGAGCGGGCAGCAGCGCGCCCGAUUACUUCUAUCUGUUUAGAAACAAAGAAGGCACUACAAAUCUCUUCCUGACAGCAUUUUGCAAAGUCCUUCACAUAUUUAACAUGGCAUCAAGACUUGUUCAAAAAAUGGCUUUAAAAGAUGGAAAAGCUCAAUGUAAAAUGAUGCUUGUGGUCCUGGACAGCCCCAUGGGAAGAAUUGAAAUAUCUGGGUGUGAAACAGGUAUACAUGAAUUAAGUCUUCAGAAAGAUGUGAUGCCACCAAAUGGCACUAAGGAGGCCUCAAUUACUUGUGAGCUAUGUGAAGGCCCAGAGGAAAUGACGGAACCACUGAAACAGUGCACAGCCUGGCUUUCGGCCUACUUCUGUGAGCCCUGGGUAACAGAGAAACUUCCUAUACCUUCCUUUCACCAUCCAGUUUUUGAGCAAGCUUCAUUCACCAGGCAAGUGUUGUGGACCCUGUUGAGAGAUGUGAAAUUCGGAGAGACAGUUUCUUACAAGCAAUUAGCAGACCUGGCAGGCAACAGCAAAGCAGCAAGAGCAGUGGGAGGAGCAAUGAGAAGCAAUCCUCUCCCGAUUAUAAUACCAUGCCACCGAGUGAUUUGCAGCAGUGGACAGACUGGCAACUAUACAGGAGGAAAUCAUUUGAAAGAGUGGCUUUUGUCACAUGAGAAGCUUCAGAAAGAAAAGUUAGCAUAUUGAUGCAGUUCAGCCACAGCUGUUACACAGCCAAAACACAUAACCAAAGAUACUUGGCUUAUAACAAGCUUUCAGAACACACAGUAGAAUUCAGGAAAAUGGUAAAUAUUUGAGUGACAUAUAAAUAUAAUACAACAUCCGAAGUGAAAUGUGUGGUGGCACUACUAUAUUAAAAAAGCUGGAUGUGUCCUAGGGGACGCAGCUUGUAUGCCCUUUCUUGUUUUUACAUUUUACAGCAGAAUGAGUACAGCGGACUGUGCCUGUUGUGCAUGUAUUUUGUUCCCAUCUCCAGUCCUGUUUUGUUCUAUUUUUAAUGUCCAUUAAAGCAAGGAUAAGGGAGUGGGAGGGGCAUGGCAAAUGUUAGGUGCAACUGCCCCUCUAAGGAAGCAUCUGGCUCACAGAGGGGACAGCCGGCAGUCUAAAGCCUUUGCGUGUUUCUGAGAGCAAAAUGAAAUGCAAAAGCUACAGCACACACCUCCCUAUUCCUGCCCAGCUUUGUAUUUGUCCAGAUUGAAAAGCUUGUACCUCUGCCAGGAUUGGUGCCCAAGAUUCUCCUGUUUUCUUUGAUGUUUGAACUGUUGAAAUGAUGUUUUACGUAAACAGUUGUUAAUGAAACACAUUGAGAAUCGUUCAAAAGGAAAUGGCUAUUGAAUUGCCUAUUCACAGCUUUUCUUUUCAAAUUGUUAAAGAUGCUUAAAAGAUAUGAAUAAAAAUUAUUUUGUCUUUAUUAACAUUGCAGAUCGUAGGCAGAAAAAUAGAUGCUGAUAAAGUACUUUAUGCUAAAAUAAAUGUUUCUUUCAAACUAAGCAAUUGUUAAGUUGAAGUAGUGUGCUAAAACAAUUAAAAGUAUAAUUAAUUUCAGUUAUCUUUCUAAUCAGUAAGUCUCUAAUUUUACGUAACAUUUUGUUUUAUUUCACUUUUCAUAAUCACAUGUUAUGCAGUAAUCUCCAUUGUAAGGGGCAAAGCUUUAUUUUGUGAAGGUUAUCCAUGGAAUAUACAGAUGGUUAAAGGAUAUUGAAGCUAAAAUUUCUAAUUAUUUUAAAAAAAGAUUCUAUGAAAGUGAAAUAUUACAGAUCACCAGAAGCUGAAAUUUUCAGUCUGGGAGUUGUAAAUUGUUACACAAAAACACUGAUUUUUUUCCUGUUAUAAUGCUUUAUCAUAUUGUUAUAGGUGUCUCUUUUUUAGAAAGCUUAUUGCUAACAAAGGAAUUUUAUAUUGCAAUAUGUAACUUAGCAAAUAUGGUAGUAACAAUAUUGUAGAAUUACUUAAUUAAAAUUGUUUUGCAUA